GAUUUCUUCUUUUAUUUUAUUUAUUUUUGUCAAUAGCGAGAAAAAGGGGAAAAGAUGAUAAAUAAAAAAUCAGUCUUCUCCCUUCCCUCUCCUGAGAUUCAUUGUUGACCCCCGCUAAACCCUAAUUCUCCCCGCUAAACCCUAAUUCUCUGCGUCGCAUUGUCCUUCUAAGGCCGUCGAUUUCAGCUUAUUGAGGUUUGAACAGGUUAAGGAAGCAAUGAAUAGCCAGCCUCUAUCCAAUGGAUAUCCAUACAGAAGAGUUGAACACCAAGCAGGAGGGAUGAAUAAGGCUCAGCAGAUGAAGCAACACACCCUGAAAAAGAAUGGUGGGAAAGCUGGAACUGUGGAUAUCUCUUCUCGUUAUCCGUUUGAGUAUCUCGCAGCUUGCCAUAUCGGACACCGUGUUGAAGUUCAUCUAAAAGAUGGGUCGGUUUACGGUGCCGUAUUUCAUGCUGCUGAUGUGGACAACAGUUUUGGAAUUGUUCUGAAAAUGGCCUCUUUGAUCAGGGAAGGUACUUUACCAGGAAUGAAACCCCCUUCCCCGCUUGUCAGCAAGCCACCUUCAAAGAUACUCAUUAUCCCUGCCGAUGAAGUUGUGCAAGACCUUCCUGUAUACAGCGAUAACGCCUCAAAUUCAGCUCAAUGCGAGAGACCUUUAGAGCUGUUGACAGACUCUUCUAUCUCACAGUCUACUCAUGUUGAUUUGGGAAGAGAGCUUGAACGUUGGGUACCUGAUGAAGAUGUUCCAGAUUGUUCAGAUCUGGAGAAUGUGUUUGAUGACCCUUGGAAGAGGGGCUGGAAUCAGUUUGAGGUCAAUAAGACAUUGUUUGGCGUAACAAGCACUUUUGACGAGGAAUUGUAUACAACAAAACUCGAGAGAGGUCCUCGGACGAGGGAGCUAGAAGAGCAAGCCUUGAGGAUUGCAAGAGAGAUCGAGGGUGAGAAUACCCGAGAUCUUCACGUAGCAGAGGAAAGAGGGUUUCAGCUUAGUGGAGAGUUUGAUAUGGAUGAGGAAACUAAAUACUCAUCGGUCUGUCCAGUGAAUGGAUUUGAUGAUUCGGGUUAUGAAGAAGAUGAAGAAGAAGAAAUUUUGUUGAAUUGCCGUAAUAAUUUGACUUUUGGUGAUUCAACUGCUUCUGAUGGAAUGAAAUCUGCUUCAACUGGCAAUGGCAAGGUCUAUGAAGAAUCAUGGGGGGGUGGCAGUCUAUCUAGCGUAGGUCAGAGCUGCUCGAACUCAAAUAUGCAUGCUCGGCAGCCUAUGUUCGAACAGCCAUCAAAAGUUACUCCUGCUCCGGGCAACAAUAACAGGAAUGAGAGCCAGUUUGGUGAGCAGACAAACAUCAAAAGUGUAGAGGCUACCCAUUAUAGAAAGCCGUCCAUGGAAUCAGUGUCUGGUCUUGAAGAUAUUAAUGAAGAUGCAGCAACCUCUGAUCCAUGGAGAGCUUCUGAUAGGCAAAAUUCCACUGAUGGAAAACUACUCGGUCGACUUUCUGACAGAGCGAAACCUGAGAGCUCUUGUUGGCGGCCUGGAAGCUCCAUUUCUAGAAAUCCAGAAAACUCUGCAACUUCCUCACCGUCAAGUCGUCCAAUGCUAUCACCAAGCUCUUCAAUUGGUUCUUAUUCUUCAGAAAAAUCCACCCUCAACCCAAAUGCCAAGGAAUUUAAGCCAAACCCCAACGCAAAGAGUUUCAAACCAUCUCCAACAGCUACACGGCCUCAGUCUCCAGUUCCUGAAGGAUCUUUCUAUUACCCUCCCCUUCCGCCGAUGCCUGGAAUACACAUUGUAUACGGAAUGGGAGCAGCAUUCCCUGGACAACAUCCAGUGAUGUAUAACAAUACACCCCAGCUUGGUCCAAAUCAAACUUACUAUUCUCCAAGUAGUCCACAGUACCCACAACAGAUGAUGGUUGGUCCGCAGAGACCGGCUUUGUUUAUGCCGCCGCCGCCGCCAUACCAACCGGAGAUGCAAUAUAAAGGAAGAGACUCUUAUUAGCUUUUGACCAAACAAUGGAUGGGUGGCACAAGGUUUUGCAUAAUCUUCUGAUGGAUUGGGGGUGUUUAAUUUAUUUCCAGCACCGAAUCUUUUUCUUUUUCUUUUUUAAAAAUUUGAUAAAUGGUUUGAUGGUCCAUGAGAGAAGAAUUGAACACGUGUGAUAUUGAUUUGUUUGUUUAUGUUUGAUUAGACAAGAUUUAGAUUUAGAUUCGUGCUGAUCUCACUUUUUUCUUCA